AUGGGGGAGGGGUAUCAUAACUUUCAUCAUGAGUUUCCGUCUGAUUACCGGAAUGCGAUUGCUUGGUACCAGUACGAUCCUACGAAGUGGCUUAUCUGGAUCAUGUCGAAGAUUCCGGUCUUUCCUCUAACAUACGACUUGAAGACUUUCCGCUCGAAUGAGAUUGAGAAAGGUCGACUCCAGCAGCAACAAAAAGCUCUCGACAAGAAGCGAUCGAUGCUCGAUUGGGGUGUGCCACUCGCUCAGUUGCCGGUGAUUAGUUGGGACGACUUCCAGACUCAGGCUUCAGCCAAGGGUGCUGCUUUAGUCACUAUUGCUGGAGUGAUACACGACGUUUCGCCAUUCAUCGCUGAUCAUCCGGGGGGUAAGACGCUCAUUAAGAGUGCGAUUGGGAAGGAUGCCACUGCGAUGUUCAACGGUGGGGUGUAUGAACACUCGAACGCGGCACAUAAUUUGCUGUCGACAAUGCGUGUUGGCAUAUUGCGAGGCGGACAGGAAGUUGAAGUUUGGAAAACAGGUGGUGAGAAAGACACCAGAGACACCAAAGGGCUCGGUGUUGUCAGGGCUGGUGAUCAGAUUACAAGGGUAGCUGCGCCAGCUACUGCGGCCACAGCAGCCUGA